CAACAGAACCAGAGAAGAACAAUGACUGAUCACACCCUCUUUCUCCUUCUUUUUUCACUGUUCUCUCUCGGAUGUAAAUGUCAGUUUCCUAACUAGGUAUGAACACAAGAUCCAGGUCUGGGUAUCAUCUCUUCCCUGUUUCCUGACACUUACUUCAAGAACAUGGUUUGCUGUUCAAUCUGGAGGCGUCUGGCGCUGGUGAUGUUUCUGACAUGCGCCGCCCUUCCCCGGCCGGCGUCGCCGGAUCCGAGCGAUGAACAGUGCCUGACCAAUUUCAGAAAGAUGUUGCAGGACCCGAUGAAGAAUUUGCAGAAUUGGACCAAAGAAAGGUUCGCUAACCCUUGCCAGGGCUUCACCUCUUACCUGCAAGGCGCGACCUGCAACAAUGGCCGCAUCUACCAGCUCUCGCUCCGGGAUUUCGCCCUCAAAGGCUCGAUUUCUCCCUAUCUCUCCAAUUGCACGAAUCUCCAGGCCCUGGACCUCUCCUCGAACUCCCUCACCGGGUCAAUCCCCCCGGAGCUCCAGUUCCUGGUGAACCUCGCCGUCCUCAACCUCUCCUCCAACAGCCUCUCCGGUCCGAUCCCGCCUCAGCUCGCCCUCUGCGCUUACCUCAACGUCGUGGAUCUCCACGACAACGAGCUCUCCGGCCCCAUUCCUCAGCAGCUGGGCCUCUUGCAGCGGCUCUCCGCCUUCGACGUCUCGAAGAACAGGCUUUCCGGCCCGAUUCCGGCGUCGAUGGGAAACCCAGGCGGGAGGUUGCACCAGUUCAACGCCAGCUCGUACGAGGGGAAUAAGGGUCUUUACGGGUACCCAUUACCGCCCAGGAAGAGAAAUGGACUAUCCGUAUCAGCCAUUGUGGGUAUCGGGCUGGGAAGUGGGUUCUUGAGCAUGGUGGUUAGCUUCACCGCUGUUUGUGUGUGGCUGAGAGCUAAUGAGCGAAAAACGGCUGCUGAAGAAGUGAAAACUGAAAAUCAUAAUUACUAAAUCAGGGUUUUCUUGGUUUAUAUUGAUAUUAAAUCAUAGUUCAAACACUGGACCAUGCUUUAUUCUUGGUUUUCUUGUUGAUCAAUUACUUGGUACAUUUUAGUUUUCAACCUUCUAGGUGGUUGGAUUUUGAGGAGAAAAAGGGUGGCAACCAGGCAGGAGGUUUCUUUCCUUCCCUUUCAUGAAAAGAAUGCUGUUUUGUUCUUCUUUGCUGAUCACUGAAAAUAUACCAUUUCUACUGUUUUUGGUUUCUCUGCUUGAUAAAGCACCAACCAGACGGGUUUUGGUGCUUUUACUUGCCUUCAUAAACAUUGACAAUGUGCAAGGAUCUUAAUGUGAUUUAAUGGAAAUCCUGCAGUAUACCUUUGUUAUUAGACUAUUAUUAUUAUCGUUUUGUCCACCCGGCUCGGAAAAGACCAAAAAGAGU